CUGACAGUGUGAAUGUGUUGAUGGCUGCAGUGUGAAUUCAGCGGACGCGUUUGAAACCCUCUGAAUCAAAAUCAUGAUUUCUGUAUCAUCGCUGAUUUUAUUUGCGGCUCUCAGUUUCAGUUUAGCUGAUGACGGUCAUGAGAUGGAGGAGUUUUUAAAGAGGGAGUAUUCACUGUCAAAACCUUACCAGGGUGUUGGUGUGUCGGGUUCGUCUCACUGGGAGUUGAUGGGAGAUUCUCUGGUCACCACAGAUCACAUCCGUCUCACUCCAGACCAGCAGAGCAAACAGGGAGCCAUCUGGAGCCGAGUGGCGUGUCAUCUGAAGGAUUGGGAGCUGCAGGUUCAUUUUAAGAUUCACGGUCAGGGCAAGAAGAAUCUGAACGGUGACGGUCUCGCUGUGUGGUACACGAAGGAGCGCAUGCAGAAAGGUCCAGUGUUUGGAAACAGAGAUUUCUUCACCGGUCUCGGUGUGUUUGUGGACACUUACCCCAAUGAGGAGAAACUUCUGGAGGCUCAGAAGAAGAGAUACACACCCCGCACAGAGAGAAUAUUUCCAUACGUGUUGGCGAUGGUGGGCAACGGCACCAUCAGCUAUAAUCACGAUCGUGACGGUCGGCCGACUGAACUGGGUGGCUGUAACGCCAUGGUGCGAAACCAGAAACACGACACCUUCAUCUUCAUCAGAUAUGUGCGGCGGCGACUCACGAUCAUGAUAGAUAUUGACGGUCAGCACGAGUGGAGGGAUUGUCUGGAUAUUCCGGGCGUUCGGCUCCCGCAGGGCUUUUACUUUGGCGCUUCAGCCGUCACUGGAGAUCUAUCAGACAAUCAUGACCUGAUCUCCAUGAAACUCUACCAGCUCACUGUCCUGCGCAGUAAACGGGAAGAGGAGGAGGAAGAGGAAGUGCUGAUUCCCAGCGUGGACAACAUCGACUUACUCAGACCGUAUGCAGAUGUGGAGGGCAUGAGCAGCAUCGCCAUCUUCUUCACCGUUCUCUUCUCCAUGUUGGGUUUGUUUCUGCUCGUGGUGGUCGGACUUGUCGUUUAUGGCCACUGGAACGAAAGCAGACGAAAACGCUUCUACUGACCACGCACACAGACUCUCAUACACAUGAACUUAUUCAAGUGUCUUUGAGGUUUUAAUUAUUUAUAUUUGUGCUUCUGACUGUUUUUACACUGUUUGAAUAAUGUAAACCACUGAAGUGAUCAGUUGUGUUUUACAGUUUGGACUGCCAAUCACCACACUGGCAAUCUGAGUUUAAAGACGCUCUGUGUUGUUUUAUAUUGUCUUUAUUACCACUAAUGAAUGUGUUUAUGCCAUUUUUUAAAAUAUGUAUUAUUACAAUU